AUGGAAAAAUUUAUUGAAGAUUUGGUGUACCAUAAUGAAUAUGACGAAAAAACUCUUCAAACCAAAUUGUCUCUACAUAGAUUAGAUCAAUAUUUUGAACCAGACAAAUUCAUCUUGAACAUUUUGCAUCAUGCAAUCCUUGCCAAAAACUUAAAACUCAUUUACGAAUUAUUGGUUCAGCUCAACGAGAAUCCAGCUCCAUGUUUAAAAACAAAAUUGCCAUACCUCCACCUAGCAGCUAUCAUUGGUUGUCCUGAGGUGGCAAAACAGCUGUGCAGAUUUUUUCUAGCAAAUGAGGAGGUGGAGGACAACAUUUGGUGGGCAUCUAUAAAACAUUGCCUGGAAAAUGAAGAUUUUAUUGCUUUCAUCACGGGAAUUACUAGCAAUGAUUUUUUUUCUGUUUUGAAAUCCAAAUUUGAACUUCUUUUAAAAGAAAUGACCAGACUUGAUUUAAAACAUAAAUCAACAGCUAUAGAUGUAGCUGCUAUUUGUAAAAGUGAAGAAGUGUUAAAAAUUUAUUUGCACACCACUCCUCUCUUAAAAAAGCCAUCUAGUUCGUUUACUCUAUUUGACAGAGCAAUUGAGUUUAAUUCUCCCAGAGCUUUUUCAUAUCUCACAGAAACAUCUUCAACAUUGACACUUUCUUCAGCAUUCAUUAAUGCUAUCAGACAACUAAGGCUGGAUGUUGUUGAACGAUUGAUGUCUUGUGACAAGCUGAACAUCACAGAGGCUCUGGGCAUGUCCAAUCCCUUCCACAUUGCCUGCAUGAUGACCAGGAUAACAAGCGAUCGCCCAAACACGAGGUACCUGGGUCUUGAUGAUUUGUUUGCAUUUUUCAUCAAACAAGACUUUGAUGUUAACAGCAAAUCAGCACCAGGCCACUUCCCUUUGUACAGCCUUUUGUACUCUCUAGUUCAUGAGAAGGAUGUUAACUCAAGAGGUGUUCCUGAGUACCACAUCCGAGCACUGACACUGUUACUUGAAGCAGGAGCUGACCCCAACUUCGAUGAAACAACAUUAUCUAACAAGAAAAUAACCUUCAACAGUUCCAGUUUGAUAUGUUUGUCGCCAAGAGAUUUGUACAUAUCAGCUCUUGAUGCUUAUUUCAGUUGUCUACAGACAUGUGACACUUGGAGCAACCAUGUGAUGGAACAUCUGGACCAGGUCUGUUUGUUGCUGCUCGAACACAAUGCCGAUGCCACAAAGAUGCUCUUAAACAAUGAAACACCACUUCAUCUGCUGGUCAGAUUGGCUGCCAACCAGCACUGCAUGGGUCAUUUGUCUGCAGAUUUUUUCUUGAUGAUGAGAAUGUUGAUGUACUUUGGAGCCAAUCCAGAUGCUCGAACACUGGCAAGCAUCUCCUACCCGGUGCAUUAUUAUUUCAGUCACAUCUUCCACAUCAUGGGAGGGACCAUUGCAUACGAUCGAUGGAUCAACUCGGGAGCCAUUCAGCAAGUUGUAGGCAUUCUAACGUAUAUGGAUCGAGAUGAAGCCAACACUGCAGUGAAGAUGAUUGGAGAUGACAUGGUAAGAACGGUGAAGGAAAAUGAUGGCCUUACUGAAGAGUUUGUUGAAAAAAUUAAUCACACGCUGCUUGAUUACGUGAGGAAUGUUAUGAGUCUGCAGGACAUAUGCAAGAUGACCUUGUGGAGGGCAACAGGUCGAAAGGUCAACCGUCUCAAAGGUCUCAGGCUGCCUAGAAGACUGUUUUCAGAGAUCAAAUCAUUCUUCGCUGUCGAUGUAUAG